AUGAUGAUCAAAACCUUCUCUCUCUUAGUCGCGCUCUUCGCACUACUGCUCGUAGCACAAGCUACGCCACCUGCGAGUGAAACCAAUGAACUAUCUGAUGUAUUAUUUAUCGGCAACGUGGACACGCACCCCACAAUACUGAGCCCGCAGGAGGCUCUGUUGGGAGCCGCCCAGCGUAACCUCAUCUGCACGCCUGUCUUGUGCGCGCGCGUGUGUGCGGCGCUCGGCUUCUGGUGGAGCGGCUGCAAUGCUAACAGAGUGUGCGUUUGCAGAAGA